UCUGCAUUAGACCCUCCUUCGCAAACCCACUCGCUGUUGCUGAGUCGCUCUCACAUUCGCUCAUCUCGUCACCCUGAGAGCAAGCGAGAUGACUUAACGGAACGUUUUCUGCGGGAAUUCAAUUAAAAAAGUGGUUUUGGUAGGUGGCUGAGGGUUGUAUUUAUUUUUAUUUGUAUGAAAAACUGGCGGAGAGUUCAAAAGCGAGGAAACGCAGAGGCACGCAUACGCUCGUUGGAGAGAAGUUUAAAUAUCUGCGUUGCAUGUGAGAAUUAAGGUAAAUCGGGACUUGCAACUCCCCGACUUCCGAGUUAGAAAUGGACAACAUACGUCACAUUUCAUCAUAAUUCUUCGUUAAUACACCGUCGUGUGUAGCUGUGAAGUUUAUCGAGUGGCUUGUUUGACAAAUGGUGUGCGGUAUAACCGGUUUAUCCGGCUGGCCAGGAGUUGCGAGGUAGUUUGACUUCCAGGUGAAGCGCCACGGACGAGUGCAGCUCCACCGAUUAAACGGGAGCCUUUUCACCAUCAUGGCUGGAGUGAGUAAUGCCCACCUGAAAACCCUUGAGGACCUGACUUUGGACUCUGGCUAUGGAGCGGGAGACUCGUGCAAAUCUCUCAGCCUGUCCUCCUCCAAAUCGAACUCCCAGGCCUUCAUGACGACCCCUCACCGGGGCAACUGGUGGUAUUACUCGGGCUCCAUGAACAGCAGGAACAACAGCUGGGACACGGUCAACACUGUCCUCCCUGAGGACCCGGAGGACAUUUUCUCCAAAUGUCCCCGCUUGCCUGAACUGGAGGAGUUCCCCUGGACCGAGGACGAGGUGGGCCGGAUCCUGCGUAAAGUGGCCGAGAGUGGCACCCCAAAGGGCGGCCACGCACCGGCGUUUAGCUCGGAAACCGUGCGGCGAUUGUCCGCUCUGCUCCGAAAGGCUCUCAUCCGCAUCUCGAGGGAGGCUCAGCGGCUGAGCGUUAUGCACUGCCGCUGCACACGCUUCGAGGUGCAGAGCGCCAUGAGGCUGGUACUCAGUUGGGCCCUGGCCGACUACUGCGUCUCGGCCACGGUCAAAGCAAUCUCCAUGUACAGCAUGAGCGCCGGCGAGAUGCUGAGGAAGGGCAAAUCGGCUCGUUGCGGCCUGACCUUCUCCGUGGGACAUUUCUUUCGCUGGAUGGUGGACACUCGCAUAUCUGUGCGUAUCCACGAGUACGCCGCAAUAUGCCUGACCGCCUGCAUGGAAGCUCUGGUGGAAGAGAUAGCUGCCCGGGUGCUGAUGAGCGACCGGAGUCACCCGGGGCCCGAUUCGGGGUCAUCAUGUGGCCCAGUGAGUGUCGAGGCCUUGGAGGGGGUGGUGAACAACGAAGCGGAAUUGUGGGGAGUCCUGCAGCAUUACGAGCACCUGAUCUGUGGGAAGAACGCAAGCGGUGUUUUGUCACUGCCAGCCCAUUUCAGUCCCUACACCGAGAAUCAUCAGACAUCCGUCGACAGCAGGGAGGAUGCCUAUGCCCAACUGGAGCUCAGGACGCUGGAACAGUCACUCCUAGCUACCUGCGUGGGCAGCAUCUCUGAACUCAGUGACCUGGUAUCCCGUGCAAUGCACCACAUGCAACGCCUGAGCUCAGUGCGUCCGGGUCUCAGUCCUGCCCGCCAAUCACGCCCGCAGUCUGUGUCCUGGUCGCCUGACGCCCUCCAUACCCUCUACUACUUCCUGCGAUGCCCGCAAAUGGAGUCGAUGGAGAAUCCCAAUUUAGACCCGCCGCGUAUGGCACUAAGCAAAGAGAGGCCCUUCCUUUUGCUGCCGCCUCUUAUGGAGUGGAUCAGAGUGGCUAUAGUCCAUGCUGAACAUCGUAAGAGUCUGCUGGUGGACACCGAUGAUGUCAGACAGACUGCCAGGUUGCUCCUUCCUGGACUGGACUGUGAACCCAGACAACUUAAGCCCGAAUGCUGCUUCAGCUCCUUCAAGCGUUUGGACUCCAAGGCAGCAACAGACAAGUUCCACCUAGAUUUGGGCUUCCGGAUGCUCAACUGCGGCCGCACAGAUCUUAUCGGCCAAGCCAUCGACCUGCUGGGGCCCGAUGGUGUCAACAGCAUGGAUGACCAGGGCAUGACCCCUCUGAUGUACGCUUGCGCAGCUGGAGAUGAGGCCCUCGUUCAGAUGCUGAUUGAUGCUGGUGCCAACCUCGAUGUGGCGAUUCCGCCAUGUUCCGCGAAGCACCCAUCUGUGCAUCCUGACAGCCGUCACUGGGCGGCGCUGACCUUCGCCGUGCUGCACGGGCACAUCUCAGUCGUGCAGCUACUCUUGGAUGCUGGGGCCAAUGUGGAGGGAGCGGCAGUCCGGAAUGGACAGGAAAACACGGCAGACACACCACUGCAGCUGGCUUCAGCAGCAGGCAACUAUGAGAUGGUGACCUUGCUGCUGGCAAGAGGUGCUGACCCGUUGUCAAAGGCCCGUGACGGAAAUGCGCUGACGUCAUCCCUCUACGAAGACAUGAACUGCUUCAGUCACGCUGCAGCACAUGGCCACAGGAACGUGCUGAGAAAGCUCCUGACUCAGCCUCAGAAAGUUCAAGAGGACGUCCUGUCUCUGGAGGAGAUACUGGCAGAGGGGGUUGAGGGGGAGGAGGCCAUGAUCUGUCCCUUCCUCCCUCUUUCCACCCUGCCCAACCCUUCCCCUGGCCCAGGGGCUGUACCGGAGGGAGGCUUGGCCAGACUGUGCAAGGCCAGGAUGAAGGCGUUGCAGGAGGCCAGCUACUACAGCGCCGAACAUGGCUACCUGGACGUCACCAUGGAGCUGCGAGCGCUGGGCGUUCAGUGGAAGCUCCACGUGUGGCUCGAGUCCCUGCGGUGCGCCCAGCAGCAGUCCAGGGUGGGCGUCACGUUGUCCCUCCUCAGAGAGUUCACCUCCAUCAGAGAGGAAGAUUACUGUGAGGAGCUGCUCACCGUGGGCCUGCCCCUCAUGUUCAACAUCUUGCGCACCACCAAGGUAGGCCCCAAAAUUUUACUACACGCACGGACGCACACACGCACUCACCAUCGUCUGUUUGUUAAUGUUUCUUUGCAGAGUGAUGCCAUCAUCCAACAGUUGUCACAUAUUUUUAGCCACUGUUUUGGCCCAGCUCCUCUUCCUACUGUCCCCGACAUGAAGGCAACUCUCUCAGCACAGUUGGAUCCCCACUUCCUGAAUAAUCAGGAUAUGUCAGACGUAACUUUCUUGGUGGAAGGCAAACCUUUCUAUGGCCACAGAGUCCUGCUCAUCACCGCUUCUGACAAAUUCAAAUCUCUGCUGGCAUCCUCUGGUUCCGAUACCACUACUAACAAGAAGAUCGAGAUCACCGAUGUCAAAUAUAAUGUGUUCCAGAUGAUGAUGUCAUACCUGUACUGCGGAGGAACAGAGUCACUUAAAACCAGGGUGCCUGAUUUGUUGGAGCUGUUGUCAGCCGCUUGUGUGUUCCAGCUGUGGGCGCUGCAACGACACUGCGAGCUCAUCUGCUCUCAACACAUCAGCUUGGAGAAUGCAGUGAGCAUCUAUAAGACUGCCAAGGCGCACGGGUCAGCGGAGCUGAGCUCGUUUUGUGAAGGGUACUUCCUGCAGCAGAUGCCUGCGCUGAUGGAGCGAGAGACUUUCAGGUGUCUGCUGCUGGGAUGCCGACAAGGCAGCGGCUCCACCUCUACGCUGGCCCCCAACCAAGGCGAAUCACUCCUGGAGGAGCUCGAGGUCACUCUGGCCCGUCGGCUACGCUCGCUCUACGUCACAUCCAGAGUUUGAGGACACGCGGACAACAUGCAAAAACACAGGCAUCGUUUCCCUUCGGCAACACAUAUGUGGCGUCGAUCACCCACAGUGACUUUUGUAGUAUGCUGAGUACACCACCUGGACGUCUUUGUGGUGAACAGAAUGUUUGUAAGGAAAGGGCUCAGGAAGCUUUUUUGGUGGAUGAUGGCAGAAAUGCAAGUGGAACUGUGAGCCAAUGGUCCCCUCUAGUGGACACAGUGGUAAAUAACCGCCUUGGAGCCAGUCGCUCUCCAGAGUGAAAGCACAACGUGGCCAUGCUGGACUUGUGGCCUUGUCCCAUUUGAACUAACCAAUGCCUGUAAUGCAAAAUGCAAGGUCAGUGACGCGUGUUUGUCAACAUUUCCUCCUCCCAAUAACCACAUAGUCCACACUUUCUGAAUUUCUAUUUAAUGACAAAAAAUGUGAGUAUUUAACAGGAUCUUUCGUUCUUUUUUUUUUCUUUUUAAUCCAAAUUAUGUUUUAGGUUGUUUUCACUGUUCGAGGUACACUCUUAACAGUCACCUAAGCUUAAAUGUGCUAAGGCUGAAUGCUUUGUGGCAACAGAAUCAUAUGGGAUUUUGAAAAAGUUGUCAAACCUUUUCUAAUAAAUAUACACUUGGUAUAUGCAA